CCCUGCACAGAGAAAACCAUCUCCAGCACUGGACUGUUACCAAGUACACAGCUCCAGGCAGCCCUACAGACUUUGCCCUCAGCCUGACCUUAUUUCAGCAAAAGAGGGUGGACAUGAAUGUCCUCAUUUUUCCCCGGUCCCACAUUCCAUUUCUCCAGAGACCCCUCUGGCACAUCUUCCUGUACUGAUGUGUCCCUGCCCAGGCCUUGGGCCUUUCAUCUCAAUACUUGAAAGCAUCUUCAGAGGCCUAAUGGUCAUGGCAGAAAUGAGGAAAUGAAACAGCAAUGCUGAUGGAAACAAAAGCACAGCCUGGGCCAUUACGUAGGAUGUUUUGCUUUGGAGAUGAGUCUGUUUUAAAAUUACUGCCCUGUGCAGUGACUGUGGGCCUGGGGCAGUGCAGGAGCAGUAUAAAAGUGGGUCCUUCUCCUCACUCUCUCAUCCACUCCUCUUGCCUCCAUCUCCUUGGGAACAAGGUGGGUGCAGCUCCAGCCCCAGACAUGUCCUGCUACACCCCGUGCCUGCCCUGCCAGCCCUGCGGCCCGACCCCGCUGGCCAACAGCUGCAAUGAGCCCUGUGUCAGGCAGUGCCAGGACUCCAAUGUCUUCAUCCAGCCCUCCCCCGUGGUGGUGACCCUGCCUGGGCCCAUCCUCAGCUCCUUCCCACAGAACACCGCCGUGGGAUCCUCCACCUCCGCUGCCGUCGGCAGCAUCCUCAGCUCUCAGGGAGUGCCCAUCAACUCCGGGGGCUUUGGCCUCUCUGGCCUUGGUGGUGGCUACUGUGGCAGGAGGUGCUUCCCCUGCUAAAGCUGCUGCCCAUGGCCCUGGGGAAGGCCCUCGAGGACUCACAAGAUGGUAUUUCACUGGUGGUGGAGCAUCAUCUUGCUGCUUCCAGAGGGGCUGAGCGAGCCCAGCAGCCCUUGCAGAAGGACAAGGCUCUGGGCAAGCACGGCCCAGCCCUGCCUCUGCCCUCUGCC